AUGAACCUUCACAUAUUCAAAUCCUUUUCGCCCACCAACUGCAGAAAAAGUUGGAGUAAUUUAAUCAAGAAAACCUGCAAAGGAAACAUCAUGAAGACGAGUCAAUUACGCGGAAGAUCACCCAUAGCGAGCAGGAGCAACAUAGCUGAAAACGAUCAUUCUGGCAACUGGGGUUUCGGAUUACAUCCUUCGGCGGCCUUAUCUUCUGUGUUAGGAGAUCGUGGUUCUGUUGUAACUGCUGACCAUGGUCGAGAUGAUCAGGUGUUGGUGUCUGUGACAAGCUUCAAGAAGGAAGAGGUUGAAUCCAAGAUAACAGCAUGGAAGAAUGCUAAGGUUGCUGAGAUCAACAAUAGGUUUAAGUGUGAGGACGCCAUAAUCAAAGGUUGGGAAAGCGAGCAGACUCAACAGUCUGCCUUACGAAUGAAGAAAGUCGAGAGAAAGCUUGAAGAGAAGCGAGCAAGAGCGUUGGAAAAGAUGGAGAAUGAGAUAGCAAAAGCACAUCAUAAGGCUGAAGAACGGAGAGCAUCAGCAGAGGCAAAGAGGGGAACAAAAAUUGCUAGGGUUCUUGAAGUAGCCAACUUGAUGAAGGCUGUGGGAAGGUCUCCUGUUAAGAACUCGUUUUUUUAGAGGCUCGCGGCUAUCUUCCACUUUAUGCAUAAUUUUAUGAUGAAUGGAGUUGAAGAGGCAGCCCAUAUGAGUUGGAAAUUGGAAUCUGUUGUUCAUCUUGUUUUGUAAAUAGACAAAAUUGUGCUUUUGAUGUAUUAAAGUUUGUGAGGAUUGUGUCUUGUAUGGUAUUUGCAAUGUACAAGAUGCUACUAUUUUACUUGUUCGUAUUGUUGGUUAUUCCGUGGUCUUUGAAACGAAUCAAAGAGAUUACUUUUCCCCCUAUCUAUGACGAUC